AUGUUGAAGGACAUCGCUCAGGAUUCAGCCGAAUCGCAGGACGAAACAAUCAAAGCGAUUGUUUCGUACAAUUCGUAUCCGAAGAAUGUCUGUCCCACCACAUGUGCAGUCUGCGGUGACUCGGCCUCUGGAUAUCACUAUGAGGUGACUCGUCCAGAAUAUACUUGUUCCGAACAGGUGCAGGUUCAAGAAGUACUUGUAAUAUAA